AUGUUCUCAGCCAUCGCCAGAAUCCUUCUCUUGGCCUGCGCCCUUCUCGGCCUCGCCACGGCCCAACUCGGCCUUGGUCUCAACACGAACGUCGGCCUCGGCGGACAGCCUGGAUACGGUGGCUAUAACGGCGGUUACGGUGGCGGCUACGGUGUCAACGGAGGCGCCAACGUUGGAGGUGAGGCCUUUUUUUUAAAUGUCAAGUAGUUAUGAAGCUUUUCUGUUCAAUAAUUGAAAUGAUUCGAACUUUUUCAGCACAACCUGGACUCGUUAGCGGGCUUCUCGGCUAA